CAAAAAGUUAUAAAAAUUUGCAUCCCAGUAACAGUAUGCGAGAAUGUGUUUGCCAUUUUGUACCAGAAAGCACUUUGUGCUCUGAACAUGUAGAUAGUUGCCAAACAUGUAAGUGAAUAUUUAUUUCUGAAUGCCAUGUCAUUUUACUUUCUCUUAAGGGAAGUCAACAUUAUUACAUGAACAUUUCAGAUGUCAUCUCCUUUGAUAUUUUGGUUUCAGCCAUGAAAACAGGAAAUCAAAGUUUUGGGACAGAUUUUCUACUUGUUGGUCUUUUCCAAUAUGGCUGGAUAAACUCUCUUCUCUUUGUCGUCAUUGCCACCCUCUUUACAGUUGCUCUGACAGGAAAUAUCAUGCUGAUCCACCUCAUUCGACUGAACACCAGACUCCACACUCCAAUGUACUUUCUGCUCAGUCAGCUCUCCAUUGUUGACCUCAUGUACAUCUCCACCACAGUGCCCAAGAUGGCAGUCAACUUCCUCUCACAGAGUAAGACCAUUAGAUUUUUGGGCUGUGAGAUUCAAACGUAUGUGUUCUUGGCCCUUGGUGGAACUGAAGCCCUUCUCCUUGGUUUUAUGUCUUAUGAUCGCUAUGUAGCUAUCUGUCACCCUUUACAUUAUCCUAUGCUUAUGAGCAAGAAGAUCUGCUGCCUCAUGGUUGCAUGUGCAUGGGCCAGUGGUUCUAUCAAUGCUUUCAUACAUACAUUGUAUGUGUUUCAACUUCCAUUCUGUAGGUCUCGGCUCAUUAACCACUUUUUCUGUGAAGUUCCAGCUCUACUAUCAUUGGUGUGUCAGGACACCUCCCAGUAUGAGCAUACAGUCCUCCUGAGUGGACUUAUUAUCCUGCUGCUACCAUUCCUAGCCAUUCUGGCUUCCUAUGCUCGUGUGCUUAUUGUGGUAUUCCAGAUGAGCUCAGGAAAAGGACAGGCAAAAGCUGUUUCCACUUGUUCCUCCCACCUGAUUGUGGCAAGCCUGUUCUAUGCAACCACUCUCUUUACCUACACAAGGCCACACUCCUUGCGUUCCCCUUCACGGGAUAAGGCGGUGGCAGUAUUUUACACCAUUGUCACACCUCUACUGAACCCAUUUAUCUACAGCCUGAGAAAUAAGGAAGUGACGGGGGCAGUGAGGAGACUGUUGGGAUAUUGGAUAUGCUGUAGAAAAUAUGACUUCAGAUCUCUGUAUUGAUUGAGCAUUAACAACAUAAAAAGCUGUUCCUGAAAACUAUCUGGAAAGAUAUAAAUAUGUGUUUUCUGUAUAGAAGUCACAAAAACAGUGUUUAUCAAUCUUGUUUAACUUGUAAAGCAAUAGAAUUCAGGCUUCUCAAAUCUGUGUUCCCCUGGCAUUUUAAUGCUUUUACUUGCCCUCUUGAAUACUCUGAAAUGUGAACCAUAAAAAUAAAAUCUACUUAAACAUUUAACCUCAAGAUAAUCUAUAUAACAACCAAAGUUAACAGAGAGAAAAAUGCAUAAUUCAUUUAUUCCUUCUUUCACUCAGGUGUUUUAAUGCUUUAAUUUGUGUGUGACACUGUUACAGACACUGGUCAUGUGAGAGUAAACAAAAAUAAAAGCUGACAGAAAUCUCUGCUGAUCGGCAAACUUAAUUUCUGUUCCUGUUUUUCUUUCGUGGUUUUCAUGCUUGAUUAAUAAUGUUUCUUUAAGAAAAUCCAGUGAUUGAAAUUUAUUAAUAUUGAAUAAUGUAUUAACAGGAAAUAAAUUGCUGUUUUCUUAUCUUGAGGAAGAGUCAAAGCUUACAGCAUCUGAAGGGAAAAUCAUGACAGGUGGCAGUAGAAAAGAGAGUAGGGUGAAACAAAGACAGGAGUAUCUAUUGAUGUGACUCUUUUCCUUCUGCACCAUAACACCUUUUGUGCAUGCAAACACACCACACACACCACACACACACACACACACACACACACACAUACACAUGAGGUGCACACCCGGGGUCACCCAGGCACUUCUGACAAGUUCCUUUAAGGGGGAUUACACAACUGCUUUUCCCUCUGCCUCUAUUUUCAGAAAAUAUUCUCUUAAGACACAAUGCACAUCAUCCAUUCAUUUCUUUCUUUCUUUCUUUCUUUGUUUGUUUUUUUGUUUUUUUGAGAUAGAGUCUUGUUCUCUC